CAAAAUGACUUCAUUGAAUUCCCUUGCUGCCAUUCUUUUCCUACUUGCUACUUUUACCAUUUUAUCCGAGAGUAGCCGGCCAUGGCUAGAAAGGACUUGGGUUUAGGACUCGGAACUGGGGCUGGGUUGGGGUUAGGCUGGCUUAGCUCAUCAGGGGGUGGUGGUGGUGCAGGGUCAGAAGCUGGUUCAUAUCCCGGGGGUCCUAUGCUGGUUCCAAAGCUGGAUCAGAAUCAGGGUCAGGUCAAGGCCGUGGUUACGGUCAUGGUGAAGGAGGAGGAUAUGGCAGCGGUGAUGGCAACUGAGCCUGUUUAAUUAAAUCUUAGCCAAAAGUUAAUCAAUAAAAUCCUAUCUAAUUCACCACAUUCUGUUUAUAAAUAAGUUGAUGGUUA